AAACAACAUGGCGAUUCGCGAACUGCUCCGGUUAGCAGAGUGAUCAAACACGGCGCCGUYCGACCUCCAGGAUCACUGCGAGACGCCGCGCUUUGGUUCCGGACCCAGCAGCGCGUAAAGCCGGCUGCAGAACGAGCAGAACUGCCGGUACCGACGAGCUGUCAGAGGAGGGACAGUCAAACGGUAAAUCCUURUCUGUAAUGAUACUCCUCUCUCCGCCCCAGGCCUUCUCAGUCUAUGGGCUCUCAGUCCAGUUCUGGGAUGUCUUGUGGAAGGGGUUCUUCCAGUGACAACCCAGCAGAUCGGUCUGACGGAUCGGAACCGGACCAGAGCAGCAGCAGCAGCAGCCGAGGCCGCAGGUCGGCUGACAGGCAGCAGGGGGGCCGGCAGUCGACUUCAGAGGAGGACGUGGAUCUAGCUGAAGUUCUGGCUUACCUACUGAGAAGGGGCCAGGUCCGACUGGUCCACGGCAGUGAAACUACUGGGCUGCAGCUGGUCCAGUCCUACUCUGACUCCGAUGAGGACAGCGACGGAGCCUGGGACGGUCGGCUGGGGAACCGCUACAACCCACCAGAGGACUCCCAGCCCGACACAAACGAACUGGACCGCUGCGAGAUCCGAACACAGAUCCUGCUGGCCACCGCCUCGUCCUGCCUGAAAGGCCGCCACAGUUUCGCCCACAUGCUCGCAGAGAGGGAACAGGGCAGGUGUAGAGGCUCAAGUUUUUCCCACGGAGAGUGCAGCCGUAUCCGCACACAUUUUCUGCCAAAUUAUGUGUCUCACAAAGACAUGUACCUGCAGAAAGCCUUCUGUGGCGUUUACAGCGAGGACGGCAACAUGUUCCUGUCUGCGUGUCAAGACCAGAACAUCCGCCUGUACGACACCACCAGGGGGCGCUUCCACCUGCAGCGAACAGUGAAGGCGCGCGACGUGGGCUGGAGCGUGCUGGACGUCUGCUUCACCCCCGACGCUCGCCACGUGCUCUACUCCAGCUGGUCCGACUACAUUCACCUGUGCAGUAUAGACGGAGACGGUGAAAACCACAUCGCCCUGGACCUCAAUCCAGAUGAGAGGAGGUUCUGCGUGUUUUCUCUGGCUGCAUCAACAGACGGCACAGAGAUCCUGGGCGGAGCAAACGACGGCUGCCUGUACGUUUUCAACCUCGAGGAGAACAAGCGAACGUUGAAGAUCGACGCCCACGAGGACGACGUGAACGCCGUGGCGUUCGCCGACAGCUCGUCCCAGCUGCUGUUCUCCGGCAGCGACGACGCCCUGUGCAAAGUGUGGGACAGACGGACGCUGCGGGAGGACAGACCGCGUCCCGUCGGACAGCUGGCCGGCCACAGGGACGGCAUCACCUUCAUCCACAGCAAGGGCGACGCCCGCUACCUGAUCAGCAACUCCAAGGACCAGUCCAUCAAGCUGUGGGACAUCAGGAAGUUCUCCCCCACAGAGGGUCUGGCUGCCUCCCGGCUGGCGGUCACCCAGCAGAACUGGGACUACCGCUGGCAGCAGGUUCCUCAGAGAGCCCUGAAGAAGCACAAGCUGACGGGCGACACCUCGGUGAUGACGUACCGCGGCCACGGCGUCCUGCACACGCUCAUCCGCUGCCGCUUCUCCCCGGAGUUCACCACGGGCCAGAGCUUCAUCUACUCCGGCUGCUCCACGGGCAAGGUGGUCGUCUACGAAGUGCUGACCGGCAAGGUGGUGACCAAGCUGUCCGGCCACGACGCCUGCGUGAGGGACGUCAGCUGGCACCCUUAUGAGGACAAAAUCAUCAGCAGCUCUUGGGACGGAGCGGUGCGCGUGUGGGAGCACAGACAGACCCACCCUCUGGAGGAGGAGCGGGAGCGGGACAAGAACUGAGCCCAGGAAGAAGGAAAAGACUUUAGAGGAAGUGACAUCACCAGAGAGAAACCUAAAAAAAAAUAAAAAGUUGUUAAGUGCUGAAUAUUACCGAUCAGAGGCUGCGAGGUGUUCGCUCGCAGAACGAGACACUCUCUGUUUUUCUUUGUGUUUUCUCUGUCAGGAUAAAACGGGCCGAAGUUUGUCGACCCGGUCCAGAACUCUUCCCUCAGACUCUGCUGCGUUCGCUGAGAUAUUAGGAUUUAAUGAGUAUAAGGAUAAGUUAAUUACAUGGGUUUAGAAGCUGGUGGAUGUUUGCAGGUGAUCGUUGUGCAUACAUGUAUAUUAUUUUAAUGGUAAGUUCAUUCAGGGAGCGUUCAGAUGGUCGCUGACUCUGCUGUUAGGAAGAGCUCAGGCUGAUUAAAACACUUAGCUGCCCUGAAGUCGCUCAGCAGCUCGUCUCGUUUAUCCAGACUCCUCCCUGAGCUGAUUACUAAUUAUUUUCUUUUAAAAGAGUGAUUUUCUUGUUCAAAGUUUUCAGCGUGUGUGAUGUCGAGGGGUGGUGGAAACUUACGCACCGAUGUUUAUGCAAUCUUCAGGUGUUUCACGUUUAAUCUGCUGUUUUACAGUUACAAUAAAAACUUUUCUUUAAAGGCGU